AUGUCGGAAGAACGUCUUUGGAAAUUCAGAAAGCCGGAAUGGAUGAAUAGUGCUACGGCGAAAGGUGCUGGUGUUUAUGCUUCGGGAGCCUUGUUCUCUCUCUCAUUCUUCAUCCUUCUUGAUGCAGCCCUCUGGUCUAAAUCCGCCCUCAAUGGAUCUGACCCCCCAAUUCACCUCGCAUUCAUCGACUGGCUUCCCCUCAUCUUCUCCUCCCUUGGCAUGCUCAUCAUAAACUCUAUCGAAAAGUCCCGACUAUCCGCAGAUUCCUUCUCCUAUAGCGGAAGUGGUGUUGCGUGGAAAGCAAGAGUAGUAUUGUUCUUGGGGUUUGCUAGUUUGGCAGGAGGGUUGGCUGGGGGUAUUACAGUAUUGGUCUUGAAGUAUGUGGUGCCCGGUGCGCAAUGGCCUACUUUGGGAAUGGGGUUUGCAAAUGUAGGAGCAAAUGCUGGGGUUAUGUUGAGUUCGGUGGUACUUUGGAUCUCGCAGAAUAUCGAGGAUGAAUACUCCUAUAAUCUUGCUCUUUGA